CCACCAUGGCGAGAACAGAAACUGUAUUUCUCGCCCUCAUUGCCGGAUUGGGAAUUCUGGUAACUCUCGUCACAUAUUACAGCCUCUAUCAGGACCUGGAAGCUAUGCGUUGGCGCCUAAAGGUAUUAUCCCUGACGGUCAAGGACACUUUUGGACAGCCCAUUAGCCUCAGCCAAUUUGCGGGCCAAGUGCUGCUGGUCGUGAAUAUAGCUUCCAGAUGCGGAUUAACCUCUUCACAAUAUGCUGGCCUACACGAACUUAGGGAAAAGUAUGAGAAACGCGGCCUAACAAUCCUGAACUUCCCUUGCAACCAAUUCGGAGCACAGAUGCCGGAGGCCGAUGGCCAGGAAAUGCUAGAACAUCUCCGCCAAAAGGAAGCCAAUAUAGGACAUAUUUUUGCAAAAAUCAAAGUAAACGGACGCAGUGCAGAUCCUCUCUAUAAGCUUCUAACCCGACAGGCACCGGCGAUAGAGUGGAAUUUUGUCAAGUUUCUGAUCGAUCGGAGGGGAAAUAUCCGGGGCCGCUAUGGCGCGGAAAAGGAGCCAGCUUUCCUGGCAAAUGACAUUGAGAGGUUGCUGCUGGAAGCCAAAUAAAUAUGAGAAACAGCAGCGUUUUUACCCCCACGCCCGCUGGCAUAAA